CUGGAAUGACGUAAAUAAAAAAAAGGCUUUUAAGUGCACUGUGGCUCUGAUUAGACUCACAAGAUUGCACAUUAGUCUGUGACGAGAGAGAGGAAGAGAGAGCAAGACAAAAGUGUGUGCUUGUUACAACAGCUAGAGAUGGCUAGUAGCAAGAGCUUGAUUUAUCCUCUUUUUGUGGUUUUAUUUCAUUUGACAACAAUCUUCUGCCAAACCCACGGGCAAGAACAAUAUAAGGUAUCAUGGACAGAAGAAAAGCUGCUCCAUAAGCCUAAGUACCUGACUGCAACCGAUACCCGGAAUGUUACAUCACUGACCAACAUUUCUCUGAUGUGGUAUAAUGAUUUGAGACCAAUGCUUAGGGAGAGAUAUCCAGGCUCUGCUGGAAAUGUAGCUGUGCGCCAGCACAUUAUAAGUCGGUUAGGUGAACUCCAGGCUGGCUGGGUAACUGAAGAGGACACUUUCCAGGAUGCGAUACCCUAUGGAACAGUCACAUUUUCAAAUAUCAUCAGUACCCUAAAUCCCUCAGCUAAACGAAGGCUGGUGCUGGCUUGUCACUAUGACUCAAAAUACUAUAAUGAAUGGUGGUAUAGUAGAGUAUAUGUGGGUGCCACUGAUUCUGCUGUACCAUGUGCCAUGAUGUUGGAGCUGGCUCGUGCACUGGACAAUCUGCUUCUUCAGAUGAAGGAUAAUAGUGACAGACCAGAUCUUACCCUGCAGCUAAUUUUUUUUGAUGGAGAAGAAGCAUUUCAAUAUUGGUCUGACAUUGAUUCACUAUAUGGCUCUCGACAUUUGGCGCAGAAGAUGGAGAGGGAGGCACAUCCACCUGGUGCCACAGAAACCAACCAGCUGCAUGGUAUUGACCUAUUUGUGUUAUUGGAUUUGAUUGGUGCACCAGAUCCAAGGAUUCCAAGUUAUUUUCCAAAUACAGCUCGAUGGCAUAAAAGACUACAGCUAAUAGAACGUCGCCUGCAUCGACUGGGUUUACUGAAUAACCAUCCCAACGAGGUAAAAUAUUUCUGGACCAAAAUGCGAGCCGGGCAUAUUGAGGAUGACCAUACACCAUUUUUGCAAAGAGGUGUCCCCAUUCUGCACCUCAUACCUACGCCUUUCCCCCAAGUGUGGCACAGCAUGGAGGACAAUGAGAACAAUCUGGAUCCAAUAGCAAUUGAGAACCUUAAUAAAAUAUUGCAGUUGUUUGUCUUGGAGUAUCUCAGAUUCUAGUAUAGACCUGGUGUACACAAAAUGAAUAGUUAUGAUCAAGUUAAGUAUUUCAGGCCAAGCAGAUUUCAGUAAAUAGCAGUUCCUGCUGCCUUAAUGCAAUUGGGAAACCGUUGCUUAAAGUAGCUAAACUUACUCACCAAGUUAAUGUCAGUUUGUAUUCAAUUUGCUGACUGAAUCAAUAUUGAUAGUUGCUAACCAAUAAAAACUUAUGGUGUUCAUUCUUUAUUAACAAUGCAUAUCGGUGAUAGUUUUCUUGGCAAUUUUGUUUAGUAGACAAUCGAAACUCUUUUGGUGACAUGUACAAUUUAACUGCAUCUAAAAUAUAUACUUCAAUUGUAAUUUUUACAUUUGUCCAUUGUGGUGGUAGCAUUAAAUGGUACAGUUGUACUAUA